GUCAGUAACCUUCAGAAUCAACCAAGCAGCGAGUGUGAGAACGUAGUACCGUUGUGUUCUUGCAAACGUAUCUUGACGAACUUUGCAUACGUGUUUGUGAUUGUUAUUUCGCCACUUGUUGAAACAGUUGAAACAAUUCCAAAGGAUUGUGACUUGCCUGAAGGACAACUGUAAAUCUUUCUCAUAACGUGUGAUAUACUUAUGGGCAACGCAGUGCAGAAGAUCCGAGCCCGCCUAGUGAUGGAGCGCGCCCAGAGCCACGGCCUCCCCGCCCAGGCCGCCUUCUACCCCGAGCGCUCCCGCUCCCCCGACGGCAGGAAGUCGUCCACGGGCUCCUCCAGCGACGCCUCCUGGACCAGCGCGCAGGACGACACCCUGGACGCCGCCCUGCAGUCCCUCGACGAGCUGCACGACCCCGACGGCGCCCUGAGCGACCUCCUGGCUCGGACGGGCGAGGACGACUUCAUGAAGGCCGUGCUCUCCUUCUGCUCGUACAUGGACGGCCGCAUGGACACCCUCGACAACUCGAGGAUCUACGACGAGUUCCGCUCCUACACGGCCUACACGCUGUCCGAGCCGGCCAAGGUGGAGGUGGCGUGAGCGGCGCCGGGACGCCUCCUGAGCACGCCCACGCCCGCCCUG